AUGAUAGAAAAUACUAUUAUCUCAAAAAGUAAAUUUAUUUUCUCUAUUCUUAUUUUCCUUUCAACUUUUCUUUAUUUUUUGUAUAUAUUUGUUUUCAACCAAAUAAUAUUUCCAGCAAAAGAUGGUGAUGAUAAAUUACCUGGAUGGCUUAAAAGAAUGAGUGUCCCUGUUAAAUGGCCUCCCCCAACUAUUCUUAUGUGGAAUAAAAUGUUUGGUGCUUCUUUAUCAGAAAGUUUAAUUAAAUAUAACAAUAAUAAACAAUGUUCUUAUAAAUGCAUUUAUACAGAUAAUCGUACUUUGUAUGUUUUUCUUUUAAACUUGGGAUUUUUUAAAAUUAUUCACUUAUCCUGGAUUAAAAUUUAG